UGCCUUUAAACAAGAACAUUUAGAUUUCAAGUCCCGCGCGGACGUCUGUCCUCCGCUGCUCUUUCUGCAGUUGCUCCUGACAGAUCACAAAUACAAAUCAUUCUAACACCUGUAAAGACACACAUGUGAAAGCCACUUCUACAGCAGCUCACCUCUCCUGCAGCUUGAGGUUUAUCAAGGACAAGUAUUAGGAAGACAUUCCUUUCUGACAAAAGAUUAAAAAAUGGAAGAUAAAGGCCGGUACUGUCCUGCCAUUGAGGUCAUGAUUAAUGAUUCAUAUAAUUCUUCACAGAUUAACUACUUAUUUGUGUCAAUUCAUGGUAUUUUGUCCGUGUUUGGAAUUCUGGAAAAUGCUCUCAUCGUGUGGGUCAUCGGUUUUCGAGUUCGCCGAUCCGUUGUUAGCAUCUGGAUUCUUAAUCUAGCUGCUUCUGAUUUAUUAGCAACAGUUUCUUUACCCUUCUUCACAGUGUUUAUGGCACAAGGUCAAACCUGGCCUCUUGGACGUGUUUUCUGUAAAAUUCACUCCUCCAUUUUUUUUUUGAACAUGUAUGUCAGUGGAUUUCUUCUCAGUGCAGUGAGUCUGGACCGUUGUAUUUUGGUGGUUUAUCCUGCCUGGUCCCAGAACCAUCGAAAUGUUCAACUGGCAUCAAGGGUCUGCUUCAUUAUUUGGGCACUGGCUAUCAUCAACAUAAUCCCAUUUUUUAUUUUCAGAGAUACUAUUAAUCGGCGGGAUGGAAGGAUAAUGUGCUACUACAACUACAUUCUUUAUAGCUCUCCAGACGAUGACUUGGACUUCCUUUGUCGUUUAAGGCAUGUUAUGCUAGCCUUUAUCAAAUUCAUUAUAUCAUUUUUUAUUCCUUUGCUUGUAAUAAUUUGUAGCUACACAAUUGUCAGUUUAAAUAUUAAGAAACGUGGCAGGAAACCAACCUCCCGUUUCUUCCGGUUAAUAGUGUGUGUCAUCAUCUCAUUUGUACUCUUCUGGCUUCCUUACCACAUUUUCAGCAUUUUGGAGUCUUUCUUAUCCUACAAUUCAAAACUUUAUAAAGUUGUAGAGCGCAUCCUUCAAUUGGUGUCUACCUUGACUUUUAUGAAUUGCAUCAUCAAUCCUUUUUUGUAUGUAUUUAGCUGCCCUGAUUUCACAGCAAAAAUCCGCCAAUCUCUAAGUACAGUGAUGGAAACUGUUUUGAUGGAUGAGACUGAGAUCUACCAGCGUCGGAGCACCACUCACUCCUCCAUCAGCUCAAGUGAUGUAUUUACUCGGAGUUAUAAAUUCCACUGGAAGAAAAGCAGGAACAGUGGGAAAUUUAAACAAGGAGGAGAGGAACUUCCAGUAGUGUUCUAAGCAAUGUUUUAAUGGGUGUCUCACAGGUUUUUGAUCAUAUGAAGAGCAAUGUGAAUUGAAAAAUAUCUCUGCGUCUGUGUUAUGGGCAGUAGUUAUGAUCAAAAAUUACUGCGUUCAGACUUUCUGUAUGGGACUGGCUCAUCAAUUUUAAUUUGACAUUGCUUUUUAAAGAACUUUUUUUUUAAUGCUCCUGAAUGGAAGUACUAUACAAAAUCAUUUUUGAAAACACAUCCAAAUGAGGAACACACAAAGCAUGGUGAAGUCAAGGUCUCUCAACGUGCUCCUAAACAUGUAAGAUAUCAUUGAUCAUGGAUUACAUAGUUAGAAGUUAACAUUUCAAUGACUGGGAAGACUGAUUGCUGGGGCAGGGCAUGUUUCACUAGGAUCAGAGUCCAAAGGGACAUUGGGAUGGAACUCAAAGGAAUGAAUGUCAUUAGCAAAAUGGGAUGGACAGUCAGAAGGAUGACCAUCAUCAGCAAAAUGUAACAGUGGUCUAAAGUGCAGACUCCUUACUCUCCUGAUAUUCAUUCAGUAGUUUAUGACCAUAAAAAUCAGAUAAAUGUUCCAUAAAUUCAGUAGAUGCUUAACAGAUGAUUGACUUGAAAUCAUUAUAAUCAUUUGAAUUAAUAUUUUAGUUUAGACAGCAUUGUGUGAUUGCAAUGGCUUGGUUAAAGGAAUCCAAUUAAGGCACAGAAAGGGACCAUGCCAGUGAGAUUUAAGCUUUUUUUCUGUUCUUUCACCAGAGAAACAAUGUCCUUAGUAGACUAGCCAAGAAUGCCUCAUAAAAGGAACUGGAAUUUUCCAAAUAUUGACUGAGGGAAUCAGUCAGCUCAAACUUAAAUCAUUAAGCCAGAUUUACUGCAUUUCAACAAGAGGUCCCUACAAGUGUAGAAGGACUAGUGAGGCCCCAUGACCGAGAUGACUAUUUAUCAAUUGAGUUAAAUAGUAUUAAUAAUGGGGAAUGCUGGUUCCUGAAGCUGUUAUCUCCUCCAACUGUGUUUCAUCAAAGGUUGGAUAUUUGGAAUUCAACACAGCAGAUUGCAAAAUUCAAGGUGCAAAAGAAAAGAAAAAAAUAAUAAUAAUGCAUCUGGUAAUACCUGUUCAGAGUGUGCAACAGACUAAUGAGCGGCAGUCACAUGAAUCCUGAAUGUUAUUUGCAUGUGUGUCCCCAACAAUGGAGUAUUCUAGAUGUUACAAAGUAUCUUUCUGGCAUGGUUUGGUAGGCUCAUUUCUUCAAAAAAUAACAUUCUUUCAAUGCACUAGAAUGUAUUUCCAGAUCCUGUUAAUUAGAAUGGAAUACCUCUAUCCAAAUAACAUGAGAGGUUGCCCAGUGAUAUGUAAAUUCUUCCAUGUGUCAUCCAUCCAUCCAUUUUCCAACCCACUAUAUUCCUAACUACAGGGUCACGGGGGUCUGCUGGAGCCAAUCCCAGCCAACACAGGGCACAAGGCUGGAACCAAUCCCAGGCAGGGUGCCAACCCACUGCAGGACACACACAAACACACACCAAGCACACACUAGGGCCAAUUUAGAACUGCCCAUCCACCUAACCUGCAUGUCUUUGGACUUUGGGAGGAAACCGGAGCGCCCGGAGGAAACCCACACAGACACGGGGAGAACAUGCAAACUCCAUGCAGGGAGGACUCAGGAAGCGAACCCAGAUCUCCCAACUGCGAGGCAGCAGCGCUACCCAUUGCGCCACCCCAUGUGUCAUUGCCUUCUUAGUAUUUUCAGUCAGUCAGUCAUUGUCCAAUCCGCUAUAUCCUAAAAGUAAACCUAAUUCUGCAUUUGCUGCAGAUCAAAGAGAAUAUCUGACCAUAAGAAGAAGCAUGUUGCUGCAUCCUUCUUGCAGAAUUUCACAUACAAGCUGAUUUUAUACACCAUAUGCGUCCCUCCAGGUGAUGGCAGUUCAAGUUGUUUGUGAAUAUGCACCACAUGAUAUCCACAAAUAAACAUCCUGAGUUUAAAUGACAUUUUCUUUUCCUUACCCAUAGUAUUAGUCUUCAUCAGUUGAAAUAUGAAAAUUCAAACUAUGUGAACUACAAAAACAUAAAUACUUCUACGACCAAGAGUUUCCAAAAGAGAGAAAGAAGUGAAUGUGAAAAUUUGCUUUUUCAAAUAAUUGGAUCAUUAAACCAGAUGGAGUUACAAGUAAAUGAAGCUUCAACUUCAGUUCUUGCUUGAAGAGAAUCCAUGCCUAGCAAAUUUCAGCUAAAUGAUGAAUGGAUGGACUUGGCAAUUAUUUUUGAAUUUGAAAGAAAUGAAGGCUUUGUAUAAAAAAUUAUUUGAAAUAGACAUUUUUAUUAUGUUAUUGCUGUAUUUUGAAAUUGUUCCUCUUACCUUUUGCAUUAUGUGAGAUUUCUACUGAGAUGUUUCUCUUUUUAUAUUUUUUGUGUAUUUUACGAGUAUUUCCAUCUUUGGAUCUCAUUCUCAAUUUACCUGCAAAACUCUGCAUACCUUUAUGUUUUUAAUGAAGGACACAAAAGGGUCACAAGUAACCACAUAACUGUCUCAUGUGAUGCCUUGCCCCACAUACAUUUUAAAGUCCCCUUUCGUGUCUAAGAGACAUAAUAUUUUCAAAGUAGUGGUUGGGCCGAGUGUCAUAGCAGGGCACUGAAACAGAAAGAAUGGCAGUUAAUUACUGCUGAUCAUGAGGAUCGCCACAUUUACUGAUUUGACAAAAUUGUUAAUUUCUUAAUUAAAGAACACCAUAUUAAGUGAAUGAAAUAUGAACCUUAAAUUAAAUAGUAAAACCAGAGGGUAUCAUUUAUAUUGGUGUUCCAUUUUCUUUAAAUAAAGUGUGCAGCACAUGCAGCACACUUAUGAGGAAAGUGUAUUAUAUAUGAAAAUUACUUAUUUGACAAUUGCAGUUACUUCUUAUUAAGAAUUUUUUUUUCUCUAUGAAAAUCUAUUGACAACUUAUGUAUUAAGAUGCAUCAGAAAAUAUCAUAAUUAGAUUAUUUGAAGAUAGUGGUUUAAAAUCUAAGAUUUGUUUUUGCUUAUGUCUUCUUAACUAUGACAUGACUUGUCUUGCAUGAAUGUAAUUAUACUUGAGACUUGACUUGAAACUUGAAGGCUGGACUUGAAGCUUACUUGAGACUUACAUAUGUAAGACUGGGUGCCACCUCUAUGUGAGGCAGAAUUGCUAGAAACUGAUACUUUUUCAGAAUGUAACUCAUUUUAUAACAAAAUGAUGAAUGUAUGUUAGUUUUUGUUUGUUACAUCUUAGUCUGUGCUUCUGUAUUCAAACAUAUUUUAAUGCCUCUCACUUCAUUAUGGACACAUUUUUGGUAAACCUUAAAUAAAAUAUAUCAUAUCCAACUUAAGCAAUUUAAGUCUUGUUAGAAUGAUAUUACUAUUGUGCUAAAUGAACAUGAAACCAAAUGA